GCGGGCCGGUCAAUGCGGAAAUUGUGUUGUGUAUGAAUCGGAGGUUGCAUGGUGUCCUUGCCUCCCUGAUUUUGAGUUAACGUGGAUUUAAAACUCAUUCUGUGUUUGGUGGAGAUCACUGUUUUGUUGUCACCGGAUUUUGCUUUAAAGACAGUCCAUUAUGCCUCUUCAUAAAUACCCCCUCAAAAUCUGGGAUGCCCUGAAACUGAAGCAGGGCAUCUACGCUCGUCUCCCUAAACAUUAUCUCAAGUCCCUCGAGCAGAAAGAGCCCACAGCCGUCCACUGGAGGCCUCUGGGAGUUCAGUACAGAGCAAACUCAAAGACAGGGCAGAAGGAACGGGUACAGGAUGUCCCGAUCCCCAUCCACUACCCUCCACAGUCCCAGGACGGCCUGUGGGGAGGAGAGGGAUGGAUAUCAGGCUUCAGAUACGCCAACGGCGACAAAUUGUCAACUCGUCUGAGGAAGACCUGGAAACCACAAUUGUUCAAGAGAGAGCUGUACAGUGAGAUCCUCGAUCACAAGUUCACCAUCACGGUCACAGCUCGCACUCUGGACCUCAUCGACGCUGCCUUCGGAUUUGACUUUUACAUCCUCAAAACACCAAAGGAAGACCUGAACUCAAAGCUGGGGAUGGACCUGAAGAGGGCCAUGUUACUUCGUCUGGCACGCAAAGACACUGAGCUUUACCCCAACGACUCGGUCAAGAGAGAGAAGGUCUACCACAAAUACAAGCAGUUUGAGGUCCCAGAGGAGGAGGCAGAGUGGAUGGGACUGAGUCUGGAGGAAGCUGUGGAGAAACAGAGGCAGUUGGAGCACAAGGAGUCUGAGCCUUUGUUCAAGGCCUGCGUGGAAAAUCUAGUGGAGGAGCUACACAUCCAAAAACUCUCAGAGCCUCAUCUCGUCGAGAAUAAGUGAUGACCAGAGAUGUUUGAGCGGGACAAAGGCCGAGAAGUUUCAGACUGGAAACUUAAGUAGGUUGAACUGUUGAGAUUCUCCAGAUGGUGGUGGGAAUAUGAGUCACCAAGUUUCUGUCUGAAAAAUUUUAACACCCUGGAGAACUUCCUGCAGUUUCAACUUGUAUUUCCAUCAAGGAACAACACACAAGGUGGAAGUGACACAAAUGAAUGCGGUCACCUUGGACAAUGCUUAUUUAUUUCAGCUUUGUUUCAUUUCCCCUUUCAUUUAAGACCUUUUCUGAUGCCUUUUUUGGAACUAGGGCAAAGUCACCAUCAGUGUAAAUAUUCCCCAGACAGCUGUGAUAUAAGGCCCUUGUAUAGGAUAUCUAAAAAUAAAUAAAUAAAAGAUUCCCAUUUUCUUAAAA